GCGGGGAGGAGGCCGGUGGGGAGGGGGCAGAGGGGCCAGGGUAGGGGAGGAGCCGCUCGCGGGGCCUGGGGGCGGGGAGCGGCGAGCGCGCUCGGAAUGUGUGCCGGUCUCUAGGUGGUGCCAAAUUCUGGGGCCUAGGCAUUUCCCUCGCUUUAUGUUUUUGGAUUUUUCCUUCCUUCCAUCUCUUUGAUUAGGCCGUACGUGGCCUUGGCAAGGAGUUGGGGGGGGGGAAUCAAAACAGGAACGAGAGAAAGCACAGUCAGACCCCGGCUUCGCCAGCCGCCGAGGAGGGGGCGGAGGAAGCUGAGCCCAGCAGAGUCGCCAGCGGAGACUCGCGAGUGGCGCGCGGGAGGAGCGGCCGCCGGCGCCGGGCUUGCCUUGCUGCUGCUGCUGCCUCCCCACCGCCUUUUUUUUUUUUUUUAAUCUGGAGCGGGGUGGGAGCGGGAACCCGAGAGAGAGAGAAAGCAAAAUAUUCAAAAGCCCCAAAGACAGCCAGCAGGAGCGCGCGGUGCCCGAUGGCUUCGCUGUACCAGAGGUUCACCGGCAAGAUCAACACCUCGCGGUCCUUCCCCGCGCCUCCGGAGGCCAGUCACCUCCUGGGCGGCCAGGGGCCCGAUGAGGACGGCGGCACGGGGGCCAAACCCCUCGGCCCGCGGGCGCAGGCGGCGGCGCCCCGGGAGCGCGGCGGCGGCGGCGGCUCGGGUAGCCGGCCCCGGUUCCAGUACCAGGCGCGGAGCGAUGGUGACGAGGAGGACGAGCUGGUGGGGAGUAACCCUCCGCAGAGGAAUUGGAAAGGGAUAGCAAUUGCUCUGCUUGUCAUUCUGGUCAUCUGCUCCCUGAUCGUCACAUCGGUCAUCCUUCUGACACCAGCGGAAGAUAAUAGUCUGUCUCAAAAGAAGAAGGUCACUGUGGAAGAUCUCUUCAGUGAAGAUUUAAAAAUUCAUGACCCCGAGGCUAAGUGGAUAAGUGAUACAGAAUUCAUCUACAGAGAACAGAAAGGAACAGUGAGAUUGUGGAAUGUUGAAACAAAUAUUUCUACUGUCUUAAUAGAAGGCAAAAAAAUUGAGUCAUUAAGAGCCAUCAGAUACGAAAUAUCUCCAGAUAGAGAGUAUGCACUUUUUUCGUACAACGUGGAACCAAUAUAUCAACACUCCUAUACUGGAUAUUAUGUCCUGAGCAAAAUUCCUCAUGGAGACCCUCAAAGUCUGGACCCACCAGAAGUCAGCAACGCAAAGCUUCAGUAUGCAGGAUGGGGCCCUAAAGGCCAGCAGCUGAUAUUUAUUUUUGAAAACAAUAUCUACUACUGCGCACAUGUUGGGAAACAGGCCAUCCGCGUGGUCUCCACUGGGAAGGAAGGUGUGAUUUACAAUGGCCUCAGUGACUGGUUGUACGAAGAGGAGAUUUUGAAGACACACAUUGCACAUUGGUGGUCUCCAGAUGGCACGAGACUCGCCUACGCCACCAUCAACGAUUCCCGCGUCCCCCUCAUGGAGCUCCCGACCUACACCGGCUCCAUCUACCCCACCGUGAAGCCCUACCACUAUCCCAAGGCUGGAAGCGAGAACCCCAGCAUUUCCCUACACGUUAUUGGCUUAAACGGACCCACCCAUGAUCUGGAGAUGAUGCCGCCUGAUGAUCCACGGAUGAGGGAGUACUACAUCACCAUGGUGAAGUGGGCCACCAGCACCAAGGUCGCCGUGACCUGGCUGAACCGCGCACAGAACGUGUCCAUCCUCACCCUCUGCGACGCCACCACGGGGGUCUGCACAAAGAAACACGAGGAUGAAAGUGAAGCCUGGCUGCACAGACAGAAUGAAGAACCCGUGUUCUCCAAGGAUGGCCGAAAGUUUUUCUUCGUAAGAGCGAUCCCCCAGGGAGGACGAGGGAAAUUCUAUCACAUAACGGUGUCUGCGUCCCAGCCCAACAGCAGCAAUGACAACAUCCAGUCCAUCACCUCCGGGGACUGGGACGUCACCAAGAUCCUAGCCUACGACGAGAAGGGGAAUAAGAUCUACUUCCUGAGCACGGAGGACCUGCCUCGGAGACGACAGCUCUACAGUGCCAACACGGUGGGCAACUUCAACAGGCAGUGCCUCUCCUGCGACCUGGUUGAGAACUGCACCUACUUCAGUGCCUCCUUCAGCCACAGCAUGGAGUUCUUCCUGCUCAAGUGCGAAGGUCCUGGCGUUCCUAUGGUGACGGUGCACAACACAACGGAUAAGAAAAAAAUGUUUGACCUAGAGACAAAUGAACAUGUCAAGAAGGCCAUACAUGACCGACAGAUGCCUAAAGUGGAAUACCGGACCAUCGAGAUUGAUGAUUAUAACCUGCCCAUGCAGAUCCUGAAGCCAGCAACCUUCACCGACACCACCCACUACCCUCUGCUCCUGGUGGUGGAUGGCACCCCGGGGAGCCAGAGCGUGGCUGAGAAGUUCGAGGUGAGCUGGGAGACAGUGAUGGUAAGCAGCCACGGCGCGAUGGUGCUGAAGUGCGACGGCCGCGGCAGCGGCUUCCAAGGGACCAAGCUCCUGCACGAAGUGAGGCGGCGGCUGGGCUUGCUGGAGGAGAAGGACCAGAUGGAGGCCGUGCGGACAAUGCUGAAGGAGCAGUACAUUGACAGGACGCGCGUGGCCGUGUUCGGGAAGGAUUACGGUGGUUACCUGAGCACCUACAUCCUCCCAGCAAAGGGGGAAAAUCAGGGCCAGAUGUUCACCUGCGGCUCUGCUGUCUCUCCAAUAACAGAUUUCAAACUCUAUGCCUCUGCGUUUUCCGAGAGGUACUUGGGCCUCCACGGACUUGACAAUAGAGCCUACGAGAUGACCAAGGUAGCCCAUCGAGUCUCCGCCCUGGAAGAACAGCAGUUCCUGAUCAUUCAUGCCACUGCCGACGAAAAAAUUCAUUUCCAGCACACAGCAGAACUCAUCACACACCUAAUUAGGGGAAAGGCUAAUUACAGCUUACAGAUUUACCCGGACGAAAGCCAUUACUUUACCAGCACCACCCUCAAACAGCAUCUGUUCCGGUCCAUCAUCAACUUCUUCGUGGAAUGCUUCAGGAUCCAGGACAAGCUGCUGGCAGCCACAGCGAAAGAGGACGAGGAGGAGGACUAACCUCAGUCGCGCUAGGCACGGACGUGGCUCUUUCUACAACCGGAUGCAACUGAGGGAUUUCCCCGCCCUCCCUCUUCCCUCGGAGCGGCGGGGCCGGGCGUUCCAUAGCAUGCGUGUCUCGGAUGCAGAAGGGAAGCAGGCUCCUCCCCCGGAGUCAUCACCCACGGCCUCCUCGGCACCGGGGACAGCUCUGUCCCCGCAGCGCCUCCUCCUGGCCCCCGAGAGACCGACACACCCAUGGCCCCUCCCCUAAGGAACGGAGCAAAGGACGGUGGCGGCGAAGCCCAGGACAGCCCGGGGACACCGGCCCCUAGAUUCCAGCCAUCGAGCGGAAGCAUGAGAGCCGCCCACGCUCGCCUCUGUGAUCCCGUUAGCAGCGUCACGCCCUGUCUACGCCACAGCGCCAUGCACCCCGCAGUUACAGCACAAUUGUUCUGGCCGGGCGCGUUCACACACGGGCUUGCUACUUCCUGUCACUAGGACAUUGCACAUGGUGAGGGGCUACCGGAAAGCAAACCCUUUUCUGUACAGAGUCUUACUGUAGCUACGCUAAUGGUUAACCUGAUAGAAUUAACGCGUAUUUUUCUAUGGUUUUAACCGGACGCUCCACUGUCUCCGUCAUGGGGUUGUUUUGCGGUGCUGUUUUCGGUUCGGCUUUGUUGAGCUCUCCUUUCUCCAGUGUAUGUGUAGACUUUGUGCUUGUUUGGAUGAAGAAGCAGAUCAGAAGCAACCGCUGCCUCCUCAAGCUUGUCUUCAGACGUCUUGGUGACGCUCCUGAACGCUGACGGGGAAGACAGCCAGUAAUACCCAUUAAAAGAAGUACAUGAGUGAAACCUGUCCCACUGAGCUGUGCUAGGGCUGGGCUGCAGAUGUGCACUGUCUAUGUACAUCCGUCCUUAUGGCCAUCCUUGUCCUCCUUGGUACAGUCUCAAGCUUUUUCACAUGGCAUUUGGUGAAAACACAGAAAUGAGACAAAGCAUCGACUCCAGCCCCAGGCCUGCUGUGUGUGCUCGGGCCACGGGAGUCCUGAGGGUUCUGUGGGCAUGUGCACGUCCUUCUUCCAUCCCGGGGGUGGCUUCGUGACCUUCCUGCCACGCGCAGGAGGUUGAUGACGUGCGACAUUAGCCUUGUAAGAUACGCCCUGACCCAGUGUGCAGUCGGCGUUCCCGUGUACAUUUCAUUCUGUUGUAUAUAAAGGAAGGAAUGUGUGCCAGGCCUCUGUGCAGUCGCCCCGCCUCCUCCUGCCAGCGCUAACCCGGUGUUGAGCCUGCAUGCGACACUGGCUGAUCUGGACUCUAGAAGUGCUAGUUUGAAAUAUAUCCAUUGCCGUCAUUUCCUUUUGAGCUUGUAGACAAGCUGAAUGUCAGGACUGGCUUCUCCAGCUCGCAGCCCUGUGGGGGAGAUGCGUCCCUGUUGCGUUUGGCGUUUGGGGUUUUGGUUUUAUCCACACAAGCUCUGAACGUCCGUCAUAGUUUGGGUCACUGGAAGGUCUCCAUCACCAGGUUUUUUAAAGGUGAUUCAUCACCAUUUGUGAAAGGCCCAACGUGCUGACGGGCAGAACAGAUCCGAGUGCUAUGUGACUGUGCAUUUGCAAUUUCAAUCAGCCUGAACGACUGCAGAGCCAGCUAGGUCUGGAAGGGGAAGCCAGCUCUGGCCACAACAUCUGGUCGGAGGGAAGUGGGAUGUGGCAUGGUAGCGUCUGUUCAUCCAUGGAAUAAAACAUUAUUUUACCA